GACUAGAGGGACCUGUUGCUCGGUAGCUUUGUGUUGUUGCUGUUGUUACCCUUCAAGUCUUUUUCGUCUAGCUUUGUUCCAGGCUUGUCACUCUUUUCAGCGGCAGCGACAGCGUUGUGUGAUCUCCAUCAGUAUCAACAAGGACUGAUCAUGGCUUCCAGUCACACCGUGUUGAUGCGGCUUGUAGCCUCAGCUUACUCAAUCGCUCAAAAGGCAGGAACCAUAGUCAGACGUGUUAUUGCUGAAGGAGACCUGGGUAUCGUGGAGAAGACCUGUGCAACAGACCUGCAGACCAAAGCUGACCGAUUGGCACAAAUGAGCAUUUGCUCUUCGCUGGCACGGAAAUUCCCCAAACUAACAAUAAUAGGGGAAGAGGAUCUGCCUUUUGAAGAAGUGGACCAAGAGCUCAUUGAAGAUGGUCAGUGGGAGGAGAUACUGCAGCAGCCGUGCCCAACCCAGUACAGUGCUAUUAAAGAAGAAGAUCUUGUGGUCUGGGUUGAUCCUCUGGAUGGUACCAAGGAAUAUACUGAAGGUCUUCUCGACAACGUGACAGUCCUUAUUGGAAUUGCUUAUGAAGGAAAAGCCAUAGCAGGCGUUAUUAACCAGCCAUAUUACAACUACCAGAACAAUGAAAAGCAGAAGUUAAGGGAACACAAGAAUGAAGCAAAGGCAGGACCCGAUGCCACGCUGGGGAGGACAAUCUGGGGAGUUUUAGGUUUAGGUGCCUUUGGGUUCCAGCUGAAAGAGGCGCCUGCCGGGAAGCACAUCAUUACAACGACCCGCUCGCAUAGCAACAAGUUGGUGACUGACUGUGUCACCGCCAUGAACCCUGAUGACGUGCUGCGCGUUGGAGGAGCAGGAAAUAAGAUCAUUCAGCUGAUUGAAGGCAAAGCCUCUGCGUAUGUAUUUGCGAGUCCUGGAUGUAAGAAGUGGGAUACUUGUGCUCCAGAAGUCAUUUUACAUGCUGUGGGAGGCAAGUUAACUGAUAUCCAUGGAAAUGCCCUUCAGUAUAACAAGGAGGUGAAGCACAUGAACUCCGCAGGCGUCCUCGCCACACUGCGCGAUUACGACUACUAUGCAAGUCGAGUUCCAGAGUCUGUGAAAAACGCACUUGUUCCUUAAAGGAAAACCUCAUUUACUUAACUAGGAGAUGGACACUUGAUUCUCAGAAUAAUAUACUUUAAAAUGAAUUGGAUGAAAUUAUUAGAGUUCCCUUUUCACUUAAAUCAUUGUUGAUCAGUGAUUUAUAUUUAGUUACUUAGCAGUAAAAAAGGUAAUGAAAGAAUUUCUUGAUUAAUUGUUGACUCAGGCCAGAAGGAUUUAUAAAGUAAGUGUGUUACUGUUCUUUUCCUCCUUGUGAAAGGAAGGGUUAGUUUCAACUCGCUAUUCUGGUCGAUUGUUUAAUCAACAUUCCUGUUACUGUGAAGAGUUUCUUUAGGGCACAGAAUCACAAGUUGUUACCUGAAUCUCAUUCUUGUUUUUCACAGUAAUUUUAAGUUUUCCUUACUCCAGUUAAGAAUUUACUGAAAUGUCAUGUAUGUUGAUGAAACAGAUUUAUGGAAAAACUUCUUUGUAAUAAAUUAUUUAAUUCUAGGUUUUUAUGUUCUUUACCACCUUUUAAAAUUUUUAAGUAGCAUUUGAAAAUGACAUAGUCUCUACCAUGGACAUUACUUUAUUCUUAUGGUGCCAUUGUAAUGCCUAGCUCUGGCCAGUUGGGUAAUUACCUUAGUUCUUUACAAGGGGAGAUUAUAACAUAAGCUAUCAAAAUUAUUCUGACAUUUUUGGGUCUCUUUCCGGUGCUUUUAAAUAAAUGUCUCUGUUAGGUAAGUCGUCUAAAUUAAUGGUUCUUAGACCCAACUUUCUAUCGGAAUCACCCAGGAGGCUUUUCAGAAAUACAGACUCAGAGGCUCAUCCCAGCAGUUUGAUUCUGUGUAUUUUAAGAGGGCUACUCCAGGGAGUUUGAUAAUCACUGAAGUUUAGAUAAUAUCCUCAGAACCUCCGUAAUCUAGCCUGAAGAGGUCUUUGUGGCUUUGACACCUUCGAUGACUCCUGUGUCACGUGACUCUCUUCUCAGUGAUUUUCUUCUUCCCUCUUCUAGCCACUCCUACUUGGUCUCCUUUCUUGGUUUCUCUUUGUUUCCCUUCCCUUAAAUGUCAACAUUCACCAGGAUUCUCUAGGUUCCCUCUACUUUCUCAACAGAUGAUCUAAUCCACACAUAUGGCUUCAUUUGGGUUGUUUGUCCUUAAUUCCAGAAUCUUUAUCUCGUUUAGAGCUCACGGGGCGCCUGGCUGGCCCAGUCAGUAAAGCGUGUGACCCUUCACCUAGGAGUUGUGAGUUCAAUCCCCUCUGCACCUUGGGCGUAGAGCUUACUUAAACAAAGCAAAAAACUUCUCAAGUUCUAGGUUAUGCCCAAGAGCCUGCUUUGAUAUCUCUCAGGUGUCUGUGAAUUACUAUGUCUACAAAGCUCUUCAUUCUUUCCCAUCCCUCCUUACAUUAUUUUACAAAUCCUUAAGGUGAACCUAAUGACUGGCCAAAUUUGGAAAUCACUUCCAAAAUCCAUUUUCUUCCCUCUAAGAACACAAUUCCCUAUCUAUAAAGAAGAGACUAACCCUAAUUAAAAAAAAAAAAAAAAAAAAAAACCCAAGUGCAAUGUGAGAAAAAACUUUGAAGGCAUUUUUUACAGGUUCCUAUUUAAAAGUGAGUUAUCCGAGAGACAUAUUUGCACAUCCACAUUCACAUUGCCUAUUCAUUAAUUCACACCCUCAUGCUCCUUUAUUUCUUCCACAGAUCACUCUCGUGCCUUCCUGACUAAUCUGCCUGUCCGCCCUGUACUUUCUGUCCGUUCUACUUAUCAUAUCCUCAGGGGUGAUUUUUCCCAAAAUCAAAUCUGGUAGUGCCACUCUCUUAAAAUCUUUUAGGGCUUCCUGUUGCCUUCAGGAUAAUAUACAAGUUUCUUGUCACAGCAUAUGAACCUCUGAUGUCAUGGCUUCUUUCUUCUCCAGCGGCAACUCUGAUCACUAACUUAUACCCAUGCUCAACCAUUUAAAGCCCCCCCCCCCCCCCCCCC